UGGUGUAUUUAUAAGUAUUCCGGCAAGUUUAAAUUAGUUUUUAUGUGCCAAAUUCUCCAUAUGUUGUUUUUAUAGCAAACUGAAAUUGUUGGUUUAGAAAUAUUUAAUAUGCAGCGCAGUUGGUACGUUGUUUGUAAGAUUUUAUUUGAAACUUCUGCAACUCCCAUAUUAAAGCAGAUUGCAUGCAUUCACACUUCGGGUUUGCUAAACAAAAACAGAAAAACAUAUUACAACAACUACAUUAAAGAUAACAAACCAAAGAUAUACUCCGGAUUUAUAGAGGAUGUAUUAGAGAAAACCCAACGCGAAUGGCUUCAAAACACUGACAAUCUUAACGAACCAGAUUAUGAACGCGUGGUUUUGGACGAAGCUCGAAGACGGAGAAAUAUAUACCGGCGUAAAAAAACUGCAAAACAGUUUAAAAUUCCAGAGCCCAUUGACCACAAGAGGUUUUCUUAUGAACAAAAAGAACAAAUAAGGUUUCUUCAUAGAGAAGAUCCAGAAUACUAUAAUGUUUAUUAUUUGACUCAAUCAUUUGGAGCCAACGCUGCAACAAUUCGUAAAAUACUGAAAUCAAGUUAUAUACCUAAAAGGAAGGAAGACCGUGUUGUUGAUAAAUCUGUAAAAGAAAAGUUACCCUCAGUUAACUUGACUCAAGCAAUACGUGAAAUAACUGAACCUUCACCAAGGAAAACAAAUUCUUAUUCAAAGGAGGAGGAAAAUCCCAAAUUUUCUUCUUCAUGGUUUCACACCUUUAAGUCUGCAAGUGAAGCGGAUCGUUAUCCGGUCUCUUUGGAGCUUAUUCCGGAAGACCUUCAACAGGAGAUAGUUAGUGCAGAAGAGUUGGAUGAUCAUUUUCUUGAUCUUUUUGUUGACGAAAUGGAAGCAGUUGAAGCGGAAAGUCUUGAAGACGAUGAAUUUGAUGAAGAUUCGGAAGACACUGAUGACGAACCCAAAGAGCUUUUGGCUAAAACUGGUGAUAAUGUGAACUUUUAUGAUGAAGAAGGAAAUUUUUUAUAUAAAAUAUAUUAAAUAAAUUAAAUUAUGAUUUGUUAAAUUAUGAUUAUCUGUAUGUUAUCCCAUGGUGUUAAUUGACCUUUCUAUGCUGCCAUAUUUUUGUUUAGA